UUGAAGAUUUUGAGUACGUGUUCAAAGUCCAUGGUACUAACGAAAAAACCAAACAAAUGACUUUUUCAUGUGCUUUAUAAAUUGUAAUUUCGCUUAAUAUGAUAUAAACUUGCUCUAUCGAGUUUUAAACAACAGUUUUUUUUGAAAAGGGGUUCUUGCACUCGCAAAAAAAGCUGCAGCUUGGUAUAAGGUACAAUUAUAUCGUCCAAAGAAUGAUUUGUUUCGUCACACUUCCAUCCGGUGACUGGCUCGUCUAUUACCAAUGGAUAACCAGCUGGAACUAUCUACUUUAGAUCAAUCUCCGCAUUAAUAAUAACUUCGCAUGCGAUUUGCCGCAGCAACAGCCAACGGAAAAAAUACAAUUUAAAAAUCAUGUGAGACGUCUCUUUAAUACAAAAUCAGCUUAAACACAAUACGAUCAGAUCACUGAUCAAAAAUAAAUUCUGCCCACUUAAGGCUCAAGAAAAGUUUAGCGAUGAAAAUUCCUUCCUUCGAAAAAUUGUGAUUGUGGUAGUGCCACGGACAAUCAAUUACUGAUUUUUGAUAAAUUCUAAACCGGCUGUUGAAUUAUCGCCACAUGUCGUGUAACAUCCUUACUGCACCUUGGAGAUAUCUUGUUAAACAGUAUGCUGCUCAAAAGACCGGAUCCAUUAGUUCCACUCGCUCCGGUGCAAUGCAAAUUUCGCUUCAAACCAGUAGCAUCUUGUCAAGCAAUAAAAACUUAGAAAAAAAAUUAACACGAAGUUCUCAGAACAGAGGCAGCAAAAGCAAUGAAAAAACUACAAGGGCAGCCCUAUGAUUGGCUGUACGAAUUGUAGACGUAAAAUCCUAAGCUAUUAUAAAAUGUGUGACCGAAUCUAAAAGAACAUCCAACAUGUUUGAACCUUCAAAUGAUUGGAAACAUUUAAUUGUUACAACCUCGACCAAACCGCGAGUCUUUCGGUUAACCAAAAUUAACAUUAUUAUAUUAAAAUAAUUAAAAACUGUAUUAAAAACAUGGUUUCGGCUCCGUAACGCUUCAUGGCAAAUGAGCCUCUCAAAUAAAAAAAGACAGGAACACCGUGUUCGACAUAUAACUACCCAGUGGACCAGUGGAGAAUUUUUCGAUUCCGAAAAGUUACCUCCUUACUGGGGCGGGAAUCGAACCCACACUAGACGAUUGACGUCGCUAACCACACGACCAGAAUAGAUAGAUUUAAAAAAUCGAUUCUUUCUAAAAUUUCUAAUUGAUGUGUAGGAAAAAUUCGGGACCGAUUUGCGAUUUGGGCGUACAUAAUUUUGUAAAAAGAUAUUGGAAUUCCUGCCGGCAGAACGAGCUUUCCUUUACCAGAUAAGGGAGUUAGUUUUGUGUACCCCUGCAUUCGAAUCGAAAACAAAGAAGACUUCUUAGUAUUCUACUACAAAACCACAGCACUUUUUAUGCGAAAGAGGUGCAUGUUCAGGGUGGCUUUGGGAAUCUAAAUGUGCACUGUAAUGGCGUUUUUAAAAAAAAACAUUAUAAACUAUAGAGAAAGAUUGUCGCUUCGGUUCGCUUUGUUCCGCUGUCCGAAACAGAACUGGGUUCAGAACUGUCAAAUUGUAUGGGUUUUUUCAUCCUUCCCAUCCCAGCCAGUAAAACAUGUUCCGGGCAUCGACGACAGCGAUAAAUAAUCUUUCUCUUUAGUUUAUAACUUUUUUCGUUUUCAGUUUUAACUUGAACUUGGGUUAGAUCCAACUCCGGACUCUACCAAGCGGUAUAUUGUGGAUUUACUUGACCAAUGGAUUCGAAGGUCGGUUCACUUACCUGUUUCAAAGGUUCCCUUUUCCAACAAGGUUUGCCAAACUCAAUAAAUGUUUGGUAGAUUACCUUGUUUUUUGCUCCUUGUCUGUCAAAACAGAUGACAAAACAUCGGAAAAAGAAAGAGAAGUCCGAGGGAAACAGCAAAAAGCACGUGGCAGACUUGUCAGUUUUGACAGAUUUUACUAUGAAGACGGGUGUGAAGGUGAAAACGGCGAUUUCAACGACCGUUCAAGGAGCGAUUAUUUCGAACGGUCGGGUCCAAUAGGGAAAUCCACGUACAAUAUGUAUAAAUAACUGUAAGAAAAUGGAUCCCGGGUCCAAUAAAUAUGAUGGUGUUGUUACAAUUCCAAUGUUCCAUAGUAAAUUUGAAUGAAAACUGUUAUGAAUAGUAGCUAGAUUUAUUAUUAUAAAAUCUUCCCAUCGACACGCCGUCGACAAUUCGCAAUGGUUAAAGCCCCUUGACGUGAAAUCUGGCGCCAGAAGAGAAGUGAAAGAGGAGACGAGUCCGGCUUCCUACUCGGAUGUGCUGAUCGAAGUCGUUCUCUUGUGUAGUGGCUUUCGAUAAAAGCAGACGAUUCCCGCUAGUGAGAAAAUCAGUAAUUUAAACGUUGUCCUCGGUGAUAAAAAACCGACCGAAUUUCCCGAAAGGAUUAUUCUGUGGUGUCUGUUCGUGUCUGGAACUUUCGUGAAGGUCGAGUGUCGUAUUGUAGUUACUCCGGUUUUAACGGGCGAACAAGUAAAAGUUAUCCGCCCUCCGGACCGCGUGUGAUCGAGUGAGCCCGAGGUUGUCCCAAAAGAACUCACGUGAAUAACACGACAAUUGUGGCUAAGCUCCUAGAUUUGCACCCACGUGCUGCUCGUUAACGCUUUUUACCUGCCCCGCACCGCAUUGUUAUCGCCUUAUCAGUGAAUAACGUUUCCGACAUCAUUCUUAUCACAUAAACCGAAUCGAAACAAAACAAAACAGAGAGAAUGAACGCCAAACAAUAAUCCACAGGAGAGAUUUCUUGUCGUCCACCGGAGCAACUGAAACGAGGCGUCUGCGCACUAAACUCCCACCAUGUGUGCUGUCUCUUUAAUGUUUAUAAAGCACCAGGCGGAAGUUUUUAUUCAUGCGGAAAAAUCCUAAUUGAUACAUACAAGUGCUUCAGUACUGACAAAUAAUGCUUAUUCUGGAGAGCUAAUAUGUGUGUCGUAAUAUCGAGUGACAUACAGAGGAUAGGUAUCAAGGCCAGAAGGAAUAUUUCAGACAAUAAGUUUAGUAAAUUGUAGAUUUACGUAAAAUUGCCUUGUUUCAAGUGAACGGAAUUAAAUUUCGUCAUAAAAAUCCUAGUGUUGUCACCGUUUGGUAGUUAUAAAGUGCAACUCUGUGAUAUUCAGUGAACAACCCAUUAGUUAACAAUUUUAAGUAAGAUUUUUUGAAAAGGAAAUUAGCAUAAUGGGAAGCUUUUUCUCGCAUCCAACUGGGGCGGAGGUGCUUAAAAAGAACCAGGAAUACAUUUCCGAGAUGAAUAAAAUUAAGAUGGAACGCUGGAUUCAGAUGCAUUUCCAAAUGAAGGAACGGGAAGCAGCGAUGGAGAUUUCAAGGGCGCGGGAACUCUUCUACUGGCUUGCGUCAUUCUAUUGUGUCUCGACUGUGGGUUUCAUCGGUCGGUUCAACCGGACCAAACGGCCGGGGGUGCUGGCCCCAAUAGUACCACUCACAUUCCUCGUGGCUUAUUAUGGCGAUCUGGCGUACGGGACUAAAGUUCAUCGAAUAAUAGCCGAAGCUGAAAUGAUAAUGCAGCACGAACCGGAGCUCCUGGAGUGGCCCAGCGGGUUGCCAACCGUAUCAGAAAUCGAUUCCGCACGGAUGGAGAAUGAUGACAAGAUUCGUCUACACCCCCAUCAAAAUUAGGUUAGCACAGCAGUGCUUAGGACUCAACGACAGCAGCUCAAUGAACAAAAACGCGGAGGGUGGCAGUGGGAGUGAAGAUAGGGAUAGGGUUUUAUAAAGCAGUAUUGUGAAAUGGGUAAGAUGCAAAACAUAAUGACUAAUGAGUAGCAUAAGAAUGGAUACACAUCAUCGCAUCGCUUGGAAGUUAUCAUUCCAAGGCAAGCACAACAAUAGGCUCUUAGCAGGUAAAAUCUGUGAAGACGUGGGUUUUAAUCUGUCUUUCUGAAUUACUCAUAACGAAUACAAUACGAUUUAAAGCUAACGUUUUGAUAAACUUUCAUGUAAUUAAUAACACUCUCGCCUAGAGAUGAUACUGAAAAUGACUCGAGAUUUGGGGUUCCUUAGAAGAAACAAUGACAAUUGUUUGUCAAAUUCAACUUAUAGUGAGCAAAUCGGUUAAGGUUAAGAGCACGAAAAUUAGUGACAUUUAUUUUGCACACAGCCAUCAUCUCAAUUCGUCGAACUGCAUUGAUGGGACUUGGCCUUCCAAAAAAAAGUUUCUUUUUAAAAGCGAUAAUAUAGCCUUCAGUACACUUAGCGUACGAGAAAGGCAAAAAUGGGAAGAAACUUCACAAUUCAAGACCAAAGUUUUUAUGGAGAGUUAGGGAAGUUCAAUCUAAAAAGGAAUGGUAUCAAGGAUACAUUCUACCUAAUAAAAUUUUAUUGAACAUUUCUACUGCCCUGCCGUAAUCUAAAAAAGUGGUGUUAACGAGUAGGACUCAUCAAGCUCUAUAGGGAUACGUAAUUAGUGUACGACCCCUUAACAGAAAAUGGAAAACGUGUAGGUUGUAAUUUGGCGGCUACGUCACUUUUUCAGAUGACGGCAGUGCCGAUGGUCGCAUGUUUGUUACAUUCAACAAAAGUAGGCAAUAGAGAAAUGUAGCUUCGAAGUUUGUGGUUUGCAGUGGAAUGCAAAUCUACACCCAGGUUUUUUUACGCGUUCGGAAUUUUCACAGCUUUUUUAAUACCGAAUAUUCAUUGAUUUUUAGUGACUUUUUUCGUGGGUGUUGGCGCUUGGACCAGAACCCGGCAAAUACAUUACAGAAAUUCAAUGGAUGAAAACCGAUGUCUUCGAAUUAAAACGUGACUCGUACCGGAAAACGAUUUCUUUUUACUUUUUAUUUUCCGUCACACUUUGUUCUUACACAAAUGUGUAUUUUUUCUAUUCAUAGUUACCAGUCGUAGCCAGCUCUUCGGCUGCUGGUAAUAGCAAUGGGCGAAAGGCCCAAACAUCCUCCCCCACCUUGAGGCAACAUGCCUCAAUCCGAUAGUAGUGGGCAAAUUUUCUGAAUCGGCUGUAGAUAUUUAGCCUGUCCAUGUCGCAAGGUAACAGUGAGGACAAUGGCAGUAGGGUCUGAAGUAGGGUAGGUUGUGAACCUACACAACUCCCAUUGAGUGGGCGGAGUAUUGUCGUUUUUAACGAGUACCAGUUUUGCCCUCACUCGCAUAACAGUCCCAUUUGACUUUUCUUCACUUUCACCUAAUGAAUAGGGUUCAUUUCUAAUGUACUUCCAUAAAUCAUAAUAUAAAUUGCUCAUGAGUGAAAAAAAAUCAAGUCAUGUGCGUCCCAAGUACCCGCAUAACAGUUCCACUAAGAAUUUACAUAACUCGAUUGCACAAAAUUAAACAAUGUUCCGAUCAAACUAAAUCGCUUCACGGUAAUCUAGCGAAUGAUGAACAACUCAGCAAAAUUUCAGCAAGAUACGAUAUGUUUCAAUUUAUUAGAUUUUAUUGAAGUUUCAUAUGGAAGAUGUGAUUUGAAUGGCUUCAAUGGCUAUUAUCUCUGUAUGCGUAAAAACGGUAUGGAACUGUUAUGCGAGUGGGAACAGAAUUAGCAGAAAAUCCUCCAAAUUACCAAAUAUUCGUCACGUCACACUGAGGAUACUAGUCGUAAAAGCAUCAUACGAAUCUCUUUUGAAAAUUCGCCAAUAAAAAGAUAGAUUUGACCGAAAUAAGAUCUUAAGAUUUUUAUAGUUCCAUUCUUAUGAAACAUUCUCAUAAUUUUGACGUUUGAAAAUCUUACGACAAGUAUCCUCAGCGACACAUCGGGCGGCGGGAUUAAGUUCAAUGGUUGACCGAUCAAAAAAUGUCCGGGCGUCAGCACAUCAUAGAUGUAGGGAUUGUUGGACAUGAUACACAAGGGGCAUGAAUUGAGGCAAACCACCACAUGUAAGGGGUCGUACACUUAUUACGUAAGCAAUUUUUCUGGGUUUUUCGACCCCCCCUCCCCCAUGUAAGAAUUUUUUCAUACAAAUGAAUUUUUAUUUAUAUGGAGCGUAAGAUAUUGACCAACACCCCCUCCACCCCUAAGUGCUUACGUAAUAUUUGUACGGCCCCUAAGUUUAUUGUUGUUAAAUCUUUAUUAGUGAUUGCUUCAGAUCCUACAACUGCAAUGAGGUGCCCCUUCACACUUUUCACCGCAACUUCCCACAUACUUGAGGUGAGGAGUAGAAGGCGGAUUGAAUAUCCAUUUGAUGGUCAAAUUAGAUAACAACUGUAUUCCGCCAUCUUGCUAUUUACUUUCAAGGCACGGUCACGCACUUUUAGCUAACGAUCAGCUCACCUAUAAAAUGCGUGCCAUUGUUGGAUCAUAUCUAUGUCGGGUAAACUGGCAUUGCAAUGAACCGCAUAAGAGCACAGACAAAUUUGGGUGUAGAUAAAUCACUAAACAGGUAUCCCUUGGUUGUCUUGAUGUACACAUAGGAAGCUUGAACCAAAACGGGGCCAACGUAAUCUACGCAGGCAUCAACGAACGCUCUUGUUGCUAUCACUCGCAACACUGGUAGUAAUCCUAUUAGUUGAAUUGCAGUACGUCCCUUGAGACCUGCAUAACGAACACAGUUAUGACCCAAUAGUGCUGGUUCACAGUAGCUGUAAGGAGUGUCGGACCUGCGUGAAGGUUACACAAGAGUAGGUCUUUUAGCAGGAGAUCCGUUACUGAAGAUCACGUGGUGGAAUUAUUGGGCGUUUGAUAUCAUAAGCAUAGGGUGCAUUCUGAAGACGACCACCCAAACGCAUUGGCCCGUAUGAAUAAAAAGUAGUAAAAGCUGCAAUAUGUAGUUACUACUUUGUAGUAAGGUCCACAUGUAGUAAAGUUGCUUUGGUAUGAAUAAUAAACUUUUUCGAACAUAGGGUAAAUGAUAUAUUUUGGACAUGUACAUAUUUUGGACAAGCCUGAGCUUCUUCGAUCAAUUUUAGAUAAUGUGUAGGAAAAUUUUUAUCGAAAGUAUGAUCAUUGCAUACUUUUACCUCAACUCUAGCGGCUUCUGAUGAGAAUUCACAAAUCAACUAUUAUUUAUCUUUAAAAUUAUCAAAAAUGUAAAGCU